AUCGCUCAAACGACUCGUAGGUGGUCGUCAGCGGAUAUCGCGUCCUGCAUUGGUACGAGACGUUCGUGUGGAUACCGAACGUCAUCGCCUUCGUCGUGAUGGUUGCUGUCAGCGGGAAACACAUCGUCGACGCGCCCCUCUCCGGAACGACGCCCGUGUAUGGGUCUACCAUCAUGACCUUCGGGGCGACGCUUACGGCCACUGUCGUGAGCUGGGCUACGAUCUCGGCGGACUACGGCGUCUACCACGACCACACCGCAAGCAGCUGGCGCAUAUUCAUCUAUACCUACCUCGGAUUCGUCGUCUCCAGUAUGCCAGUGCAGCUGAUUGGCGCAUCGCUCGCUGCCACUGCUGUCUACAUGCCAUCAUGGCGUGCGGGCCUAGGAAACGGCAACAACAUCGGAGGGCUCAUUGCUGCCGUUCUUGAACCUGCGGGCGGCUUUGGCAAAUUCCUCCUCGUCCCCCUGUCGCUGACUGCGCCCAGUCAGUGCGCGCCGUCGAUGUAUACGGUGUGCACGAGCUUCAUGACUAUAGGGCGGGUGUUCCAGCGCCUACCGCGGUUUGUCGUGGCGAUUCUCUCUACAGUAAUCCUCAUUCCUGUGGCAAUCGUCGGCUCCACUCGGUUCUAUGCUACGUUUGCCUCGAUUCUCAGCUUCAUAGGCUACUGGCUCGCGCCGUUCUUUGCUAUCGUCCUCGUAGAGCACUUCUUCUAUCGCAAGGGGCGCUGGUCCUCAUACGACGUCUUUGAAGCGUGGGACCAGCCGGGACACCCGAACCUCCCGCGAGGAUACGCUGCGGUCUUCACGUUCGUCGUCGCCAUCGGCGUCAUCGUGCUCUCCAUGGAGCAGGAUUGGUGGACGGGACCCAUUGCUGCUGCCGGGACCGGAGACGUGGGGAUGUUGCUGGGAUUCGUUGUUUCGAUCCCAGUGUACUUUUAUGCGCGAUGGGCAGAGAAACGGUGGAUUGAACCACGUGUAUAAGUGUCCUACCCCUGCAAUACCUACCCCGUCAAUGCCUCCUGAACCGCGUACUGGGAGUGACCUCUAUAAACACCACAGUCCACGACCUGCGCGACAGUCUCCGUUGCAGAUCGUCAAGCCAGCCAGGGAUGCAGCAACUCGAGGCGAACACAGCACGCGUGCACGGCUGAGUCGAGCUGAGCUGUCGUUCUGGGGUUGACGUACCAACUCUAUUCUCGAGGUGAGGUCGGUGCCUCGUCGAAAACGAUGUAUACUGCCGGCGCGAUCGAUGAGGCUAAAUCGGGAGCAUAUUGACAGAAUCUCAGAAAAUAGGAUCCGCGGAGGCC